AUGGUCUACAGCAAGCCGCACUACUUCCUCGGACAACAAGAUGCAGGGUUGCCACUGAAAGGAAGAUCGCAAUCUGUCCUUGACUUACGACCUUAUUCUGGCGCCUUCCCUCGCAUACAUGUGCACUCCCCAUCGCCGCAUGAAAAACACUACUUGCAGGAGUAUACCAAUGGAAGAGCAAGGGCUCCAAGUCCUCUCAAGCCGGCGCCAAAAACUUCAGCCUUUAAAUCUGGUCAAACAAAGCCGAUCUGGAUAGAUAGGAAGACAGGGCGUGAGGGUGAAAGGCUGAUUCGAUUUGAGGAUUCCACCACAACUGUCCACCGUUUAAGACCAAUGCCGCGAGUCAACAUUGGGGGUCGUUCGCCACGACACUCCCCAAGGCGGACUUCUAGAAGUGCGGCCAGACACUAUUCUUCCAGUCCUUCCCGCCGAGACACCUCUCCGUAUCGGCGCACCUCACCCACUCGCAAUGACUAUUACAGGUAUGGAAGUUAUGCAAGGUUCAACUCUCCACGUCGUUAUUCUCCCAGGUGUCUGUGCCCAUGCUCAUUAGCAUGCACAGGUAAUCCAGGGUUUGACACCUCUUCAUCAUCAUCAUCGACUUCUUCGUAUACUGCGAGCUUGCCGAGCUCAAGCUACUUCCAAACAGAAGUUUCAGAAAGUGAAACAUCGACCUCUUCAGGAUACAAUUCCGGAGCUUUCGAUUGGCGGAAUUAUCAUGGUGCACGAUACCUUGGUCAGAGUCCAAGUCGUACUAAUAAAAUUAUCAUGCUGAAACCGCGCUCUGGUCGGUCCCCUCUGCAGAGCCUAGUCCCCCAUCUCCACCAUUGUGGACAGCGUCAGAGCAAGUGCACCCACAAAGCCUGCCAACAAAGAUGUGAGCAUUGCAAACCCCCGGAAUUCCGUCGCUCGGUCUCACGGCGCAGCCGUGCAACCUCCAAAAUUUUACCCCCGAGGCCUAGUUCUAAUCUCUCGUUCUUUGAGGAAACCAUUCUACCCGGUCCUAGUAUGCCUCUGCAUCCUGUCACUCCACUCCGUUAUGAUGAGAGUGAAACGUAUUCGGAUUCAAGCAGCUCAUACUACGGCUGUGGUUCUAUUCGCUGUGGAUAUGGUAAUCUGGAGCUAACUUUUUAUUCAUUAUCACCACAAGCUAUUACUCCAUCCAUGUCGGGCGCUGAAGGUCGCAGCUUGGUAGAUGUUGGCUCAAUUGUUGCUGAGAUUUUCUGUCAUUUUGGAACAAUUACAAAGUCUUUCUUGAUACCCAUUUUUGUUUCUGAUCCCGCGCCCACUUUUUUGUUGAUGCUCCAUUUCGCCCUGCGCCCAAUCGAGUCAACUGAGACUAAGUGA